AUGACAAAACGUACCGUCGAAGACCUACAAGAUGUCGUUUCCACAAUGGAAAAUGCCGAGACAAACCUUGAAUACUUUUCGCAAUGGCAUGCCAUAGCAGACAAGCGAGCCCCUUCUCCCACCGGAGUCGUUGAUCAUGGAACCUUGAUGGAGCGCUAUUGCCGAGCAAAACAGUCAUAUCACCAUAAGCGACUAGAAGGACUGCUGGUGGAAAGAAUAGGCACUUUCGAUGAUCAGAAACCUUGUCACUUUGACUUCCCUACGGUCGAAAAGGAUAAAGAAUUAGAGGAACAACGUGAACAAGCUUUGGGAAAACUACAAAAAACGGUGCAAGGAAUUGAUGAGCAGGCCGACUAUUUACGUGUUUCCUAUCAGUCUAUCACCAACAAAAGACUCGAAUUAAAACAAAUGAUUCAAGAUUUAGAGGAAGAAACCAACGAUGAUGAAAGCAAAAUGCUAAUCGAUGAUGACCAAAGUGGUGAUGGCAAUACUGAUAGUGUAUUUGACGACGACAUCGUCGCGGAGCAGGAAAACAUUGAAGAAUUGCAACGUAAGAAAAUACAGUUGCAACAGCAGUUGAGUACAAUCCGAAAGGAAAGAGAGCAAUUGGAAAAUACUACCAAGGAAAAGCAGCGGAAUCUUGUGCUUUUACAUCAAGAAACAGCAGGACUUGAUAAGGAAAAACUUGAGGCAAGGGUUCAAGAGCUCAAAGAGAUUAAGUCGUUUUACGAUAGCCUUCGUGAAGUCCUGGAAGAAUUGGGUGGAAUCAAGAUAUUGGAAGUCAAGGAAGACUCUAAGACGCAACAUCUGGUGUUGAAAGUGCUAAUGUACGACGAGUUUAAAGUGCAAAUUGUACUUGAAGUGUACCGCCAAUCUGAGCUCAAGCUCGUCAAUGCUCAAUGGAUCACCAAGCCGGUAGUUUAUGAGCCAUGUCCUGUACAAAAUACAGACCCAUACUCUUUGCCAAUGUCUUCAUUGGAUGACCUCGUAGAAGUGGCAAAGACGAACUUGUCUCCACCCCAUGAUGUCCGUUUCAUAUUGCGAGAAACUUGUGCACGUGUCCGAAUACAUAGAAAUAGAGUCCAGGAUCUUUCAUUGCUUCGUAAAGAAGUCUUGACGAAGGUCGUUGGUUCCGAUCAAGUUGUGUGUAGUCUAAAUGAUGGCAUUGUGAUCGUCAUGAGGCUGUAUGACAAUCUUGUUCGAGCUGAACAGAUUGUAGGGGUAACUGGUUGGGAUGAAACAGCAGCGGACAAGAUACUAAACACAAUUCGAAAAAAUGAGUCAAUUAACUUGGUACCAUCGGCAAUUAUUGAAAUUGUGCGGUCAGAGGUUGACAAGCUAAGACAAGGCGGCAAGAAUCCAAGAACGCCCAAGCUACCAAAGCGAAGAGAUGCUUCUGAGCAAGGAAGGCUCCUUUGA